AUGACGACAACGAGCAGUGGUGCCAUUAUUCCCUGGUGGACCACGCUCGAGUUCGGCGCCCCGGGAACCCUCCUCUACCGCCUCCUCUUCCUCGACAGCCAAUACCGCGCCUUUUCCCCCUGGCACGAAAUCCCGCUCUUCCUCUCCGCGUAUCCCGCCGCGGAUCCCAAGGCGCCGAGCGCGAUUCCCCCGCCGCCGGGCGUGCAGGAGAACUGCACGUUCGAGCAGGGCUUGUCGUUUCUGUGCGUCACGCCGCGCGGUAUCUGGGCCAACUUUGAAGUCGCGGACGACGAGAAUUUCAAUCCCGUUCGCCUGCUGAAGCGCAACGGCCGCCCCGCGCAUUACGCGGAGAACUGCCAGUGGAACCUGGGGAUCUUCACGCAGACGUGGGCGGAUCCCGCGGCGCCGAAUGAGGAUCUGGGCGGGAUGCGCUUCGACGGGCGGCCGCUGCAGGUGAUCGAGCUUGGAUCGCGGACGGCGCGGACGGGGGAGGUGUAUUCCGUGAAGCCGCUCGCGGCUUUCGCGGCGAUUAGCCAGGGAGCGAAUAUCGCGUGGAAAAUCGUCGCAGUCGCGACGGACGACCCGUUGGCGAAAGAGCUGAACGACGUGGCUGACGUCAGCAGGAAGUUACCCGGCGUGCUGGAGGAGAUUAGGGAGUGGCUGCGGCUGUGCGACUGCACGGAGAAAGGCGACGCGGGGAAGGCGUUCGGGUUCAACGAGCGCGCCAAGGGGCGCGAUCAGGUGCAGGCGUGCAUACGCACGUGCCACGUGGCAUGGCAGGCCAUGUUUCACGCGCUACCGAAGCCCGAGCCUUGGCUCCCGCGCUCGCGGCCGCCGAAGAUGAAGACUAUAGAAGCGUUCUGGGCGCCUUACACGGCGAAAUACGUCAGCGAUGGCGGCGGCGUGGCUAGUAUCUUCGUCAGUGAUCCUGACUGGGAGGAAAAAGUGGCGGAGGCGGAACAGGCGCGCGCGAAAGGGGGAGCCGGGGGAGCAGGCGCGGGGAGGGGGAGGGGAAGAGGGGGAGCGGCGGAUAGGGGCGCGCCAGGAAGAGGCGCAGCAGGGGAGGUAAAUGAUUCGGUAUGGGAGACGUUAUCUACGGUUGAGACCGUUGGUAUGCUGGAGAAGCUGAGGUCGCGGAAGCAUCUGAACCGUCCAGCUUUCUUCGCGAUGGUCGAUCGUGUGGUCACGGACGAUUCCUCCGCAAAAGACGGCAAGGGCAGGGCGGGGAAGAAAGGCGGCAGGCUGCUUACGCGGAAGGGCAGCGGGAUGGCCGACGGGGAGGCGGGCGCGGACGAGGUUGCGCGGUCGCGCUCGCCGUUCCUGCUUGCGCGCUCCAAGAGUACGGAAGCCGCUCCGCCGAUGGAGAUCAGCCGCCCGUCCACUGCGCCGUCGGCGCAAGCUAACAAGCCGGCAGCGGGAGCGGCGGGCGCAGCGGGGAAAGCAGCGGGGGGAGCAGCGGAGGGAGCAGCGGGGGUAGCGGGCGCGCCGGCUGCAGGCGCGGCGUCGAAGCUGCGCCCUGGUACCGGGGGGGGCGGGGGCAAGGUUGCGGGGGGGCGGGGGGGAAAAGCGGGGGGGGCGGGCGCAAGUGGCGGAGCCGGCGCUGGCGCCGCCGCUGCUGCAGGAGCGGCGGACGCCGCCGGAGCAGGAGGCGGAGUGGCGGGUGCGCCGGGAAUCCCGCCCGCCGCCCCCGUGGUCUCCGCGGCUGCCAGGCGCGCGGCUGCUGCCGCCACGGCGAAGGCCGCGGGGCGCGGCGCGGGGAAAGCCGCAGGAGGCGCAGCAGCAGGAGGGGCAGCAGGGACAGCGGGAGGAGCGGGAGUGGGGGGAAAUAGUGACGUUUCCAAAGGGGAAAACAGGCCUGAGAAGGAGCAGGAGCAGCAGGAGCGAGGGAAGGAGGGGGAGAAGAGCCCAGGGGGGAAGGGUGGUGGUGGUGCUGCUGGCAGCUCUGCUACUGGUGGUGGCGCUGCCGCUGCUGGUGCUGCUGCCGCUGCUGCUGCUGCUGCUGCUGCUGCUGCUGCUGCUGCUGCUGCUGCUGCUGCUGCUGCUGCUGCUGCUGCUGCUGCUGCUGCUGCUGGUGGUGGUGGUGGUGGUGGUGAGAGAAGGCGGGAGGGCGAGGGGCGAAGAGAGGAGGAGGAGUAUCACGAAGAUGAGUAUGAAGAGCUGAAGAGUGGGGAUGAGGGGGGAAGGGAGAGGGGCGAUGAAGGGAGCGGAACGGAGGGCGAGGAGGGGGAAUGGGGGAGAGGAAAGCUUGUGAAGGGGCGGGGAACGGCUGGGGGGGGAGGAGGGGGAGCGCCUACUCUUCCCCCCAGGUCCCCCCACGGCCGCCCCGCCAGUGGGGGGGAAGGGAGGCCGCGGAGCAGCGGGGGGUUUCGCGGGGGAGGCGCGGGGGGAAUGGGCGGAGGGACGUGGCCGGUUUCCCCAAGGGGGGGAUGGGGAGAGGAGGGAAAGGGGUGGGGGAGAGGAGGGAAAGGGGAGGAAGAGAUGAGGUCACCGAGAGGAGGGGGGGGGUCACCGAGAGGAGGGGGGGGGUCACCGAGAGGAGGGGGCGGAUCACUGUACAGAGGAGGAGGGUCACCAUACCGCGGGGGAGGCGGAGGCGGAAAGGAAGGGGGAAGGGAAGGGGGAGGGACGUCCCCGUAUAGGGGAGGGAGGUCGCCGUAUAGAGCAGGCGGGUCACCUUAUAGAAGGGACAGGUCGCCUUAUAGAGGGGGAGGAGGGGGAAGAGAUGAGGAGAUGGAUUAUCAUCGGUCUAGCACUGAAGUUGACUACCGGAGGCGGUUUGAUAUGAAAGACCUGGAUGAGAUGGGGGGAGGGGCAGGCGGAGGGGGGUCGGGGGGAGGAGCAGGAGGGGGGAGGGAGAGGAGGAGAGCAGAAGCAUUUGAGACGGAGGAGAUGGAGCUGCAGCGGGCACUGACAGGACAGACGGAGAGGCAGCGCAUGAUGGCCCCUACUCUCACGGGGCUGAAUGCAAGAGGCGUGUUUGGGAUGGAGGAGAUGGAGCUGCAGCGGGCGCUCACGGGGCAGACGGAGAGGCAACGACGCAUGUCAUGCACGCCGCUCUCUCUCCCCGUUCCCCUCCCGUGCGCAGCCUUCCUUCCUCUCGCCCCCUUAUCCUCUCAUCCUCCCAUUCCCCAACCCGCGCAUCCCCACAGGAGGCGUCACAGAAGCAGCAGGCACGGGGAGGCGCAUGAGCAAGACCUAAGUGGGCUAACGAAGGCUCUGCUCUUAAGGCGCCUCAAAAACCCCCAUGUUCCCACCCGGCCCACCCGCGCAUCCCCACAGGAGGCGUCACAGAAGCAGCAGGCACGGGGAGGAGCAUGGGCAAGACCCAAGUGGGCUAACGAAGGCUCUGCUGCUGCCGGUGGUGGUGCUGGUGGUGCUGCUGGUCGCAACAGCAACACUCGCGGGGAAUACGGCGGCAUGGGAGGGGGAGGAGGAGGAGGGGGAGCAGGAGGGGGGAAUACAGGCAGCUCGUACCUAUUGCAGCGAGAGCAGAUGCGAGCAGAACUCCUGCACCAGUCCCUAUUGGGGUACCGAAGUGGUGGUGGGGGUGCAAUGCCAGUACCCCCUUUAGUGCGAAGGGCUAGUAUGGAGUCAAUAGAGAGGAGCGAGAGGAGGAGACAGCUGAGGGAAGAGGCAGAGGCUGCGAUAGGCCAGGGGGGCGGGUAUGGUGGGUACGGAGGUGUGAGGGGGGGUUACGGAGGAGUGGGAGGCGGUGAGAGGGAGCGGCGGGGUGGUGCGGAUUCGUACCUGUUGAGGAGUUUCACAGGGGAGCAGAGAGAGAGGGGGCAGGAGCGGGGGAGGGGGGGCGGAGGAGCGGGGGAUUAUGGGGAUGAAGAUGGGUAUUCUCGUGGUGGUGGUGGUGGUGGUGGUCGGGGGGAUAAGGAUGCUGGGGAUGGGGGCUAUAGCCGUUCUUACACAGGAGGGUCGAUAGAAUCAGCUGGCUCUGGUGGUGGUGGUGGUGGUUAUGGUGUAAGGGUAAGGAAUCUAGUGGUUGGCCGAAGAAGGAGUUAG